UUAUCUGAGCAUCAUCCUCCUCGUCAUCAUCGCUUUGUAUCGUUCCACCUUUUAAAACCCUCUCAAAAAUCUCUCUGAACACCUUCUCUCUAAAACAAUCAUCACUCAAAAAAUAAAAUCCUCUCUCUUUCUCUCUGUGUCUCUGUAAUCUGAUUCAAUAUGGGUUUUAGCAAAGAAGAGAUUAGCAGAAGCAGAAGGUUCUGGUCUUCUCUAUGGAGAGGCGUCAAAACUGUAUUCGUUUUGUUCACAAUGUUCCUCUCUUUUCUCCUCGUCUCUGCUCCCAUCUUCCUCGCCCUCGCCGACGCUCUCCUCCCUUCCGCUCUCCUCCACCGCCUCUCUGCGCCGACGAACCUCUCUUCUCAUCUCACAAACUACGAUUUCCGCCACUCCCUCAUCGAUAUUCCACUAAUCUCCAUCGUUAGAUCCGCCGUUAUACUCUGCGUUUACGGGCUUUGCGAUGGACCCAAGUUAUCGAGGGGUCCGUAUCUGAUGAUAACGAUGAUCUGCUCUGUUUCUUCUCUGAUCUACGUUUCGUUAAAAGCCGCGUUCGUGUUCGGCGUACCGGCGAACGGAGACGGCGGAGGUAGUUACUUCAGAGCUGCGGAAGUUGCUCUGUUUCUAUGCUCGUCGGUCUUAGCCAUCGGUCAUAUAGUCGUGGCGUAUCGAACAAGUUGUCGAGAGAGGCGAAAGCUCCUCGUCUUCAAGAUCGACAUCGAAGCCGUAAGUUCACUUUACAGAAAUUUAUUAUUUUACUUUAAUUCGAUUUUUAUUGAUUACACUGAAAGAUAGUGUAGGGCCAACGAGACCAAGUUGCAUUGUUUUCAAAUCUAGGGUUUCGGCAUGUAAAAACGUGUAUCCAAGAUAUCAAAAGAUCCUCCAACAAGAGAGACUCAAGUAGAUACGUAUUUCAAGGAGACUCGAAUACUUGUUGUAAAUAUGCAUACACACAUGACACGUACCCUAACGUAUGUAUAAAUAUAUAAAAAUACGACGUGUAAAUUUAGCAGCUUAUUCUCCUGCCUUUCGGUGUUCACCCAUCAACUCCUUCGCUUUUAAGUUUGAGAAAGAUCCAAAGGGCAAAAGAUAGUCUGUAAAAGAGGGAGGAACAGAUGGCGGGGGCGUAUAUAUAUCACUUAAUGAGAAUUAUACAUAUUUUAAUGCAAGACAACUCCGAUGAAUUGGCAGUUGUUAGCUUUGAUAUUAGAUUAGUUAAGUGAGAUCUGUAUAUAAUAUAGUUUUCUUUGUUUUGUAAUAACCUAGAGUUCAUCGAUGAGAAAAGUAGCCCGAGGCAUCUUUUUUAUUUCUUUCUAUAAUUUCUGAAUUUUGGGUUUAAUGUGUUUGCAAUUGUAAUCAAGUAAAGCAUAUAAGAACAUGUGUGUUAUGUCCG